CCUUAGAUACUUAGGAUUUGGGAUUGACUUUGACUAUAAGGAGUAAAACCCUCGCGACAUCAAAACUUCAUAAGCAAAUUCCCGAACAACGGUUUGUGUUUCCCUACGAAAGCAGGAACCGACCAAAUCUAUCUUCUGUUUCAGAUACAGUAGUUGUUCCUUUCGAUUCUGUAGCUCUCUAUUGCGACGGUGAUGGUAGGGGAAUUGGCCAGAAAGUUGCCGGAGCCUGCCGCAGGCGGCGGUGGCGUUGACUAUAUGGAAAUUCUGAAGACAAUGGACCGUGAAGAGAUUUUGGAAGUUUUGUCUGAAGGGUUUUGUCAGCACUGUUGCGCUCUUUUAGAAAGUCGAAUUCAUAACUUCAUUAACAAAAAAUUUAAGAAAAUGCCCUUGUCCAAUGGCGGUUCAAAAAUGCUAAAAGAAUUUCAGCCAGCAAAUGAUAAUUCAGAAUCUUUAUCCCCUGGGCAAGAAAGUCCUCCCUCAAGUUCAAAUCAAAUGCUUGAACAUGUUUACUCGGAGAGGAAAAAAAGAGACAGUAUUAAUUCUUCGUCUGCAUCAGCUAACAGCCAUCAGAAUCUUAUUGAUCAUUUCGGUUCUGAAAUAUUGUUGAAUGAUGGAUUAGUGGAUGUAUCUUCUAUGACAGACAAUGGUCUAUCGGAGGAGCAAAAGGAGCAAAUUAGGUUUUCAAAAGUUGGCAAGAAGAAGGAUUUUGUUUGUAUUGAGAGGGUCAACGGAAAGUCGACCAAUAUUCUUCAAGGGCUUGAGCUUCAUACCAAGGUUUUCAAUGCUGAAGAGCAAAAGAAAAUCGUUGAGUGUGUCUAUAACCUACAACGCAUGGGCCAAAAGAGGCAACUUCGAGCACGCACAUAUUCGGAACCUAAAAAAUGGAUGCGUGGUAAAGGACGUGUCACUAUACAAUUCGGAUGUUGUUACAAUUAUGCAGUGGAUAAGGAUGGAAACCCUCCUGGAAUAGUUAGAGAUGAGGAAGUCGAUCCCCUCCCAUCUAUUUUCAAAAAAAUGAUCAAGAGAAUGGUCAGAUGGCACGUCUUGCCUCCAACAUGCAUUCCUAACAGCUGCAUUGUGAAUAUAUAUGAUGAAGGGGAUUGCAUUCCUCCUCAUAUUGAUCAUCACGACUUUCUGAGACCUUUUUGCACCGUGUCAUUCUUGACAGAAUGCAAUAUAGUCUUUGGUUCAAACCUGAAGAUUGUUAGUCCAGGAGAGUUUUCUGGGUCUGUCUCCAUACCUCUACCUGUCGGAUCAGUUCUCAUUCUAAAUGGUCAUGGAGCUGAUGUUGCCAAGCACUGCGUUCCAGGAGUUCCAGCAAAAAGGAUUUCCAUCACUUUCAGGAAAAUGGAUGAUAGCAAACUACCGUAUAGAUUCUCACUUGACCCCGAGCUGUCGGGAAUCAAGCCUCUUUUGCAUUCUCCUUCAGUGAAGUCACCAUAUCAAGAAAGCCAUAAGCCCAACCCUCUCGGUUAUCAUUCCAUCUCCAAGUCACCAGUCCAGCAAAAACACCAUCAAAAUGGCAAACCAACAGCAAAUAAACCCGAAGUCAGUAACAGCAUGGACACUCCCUUUGCCAUUGACAGAGGUGAUUUUCCUCCACUUGGCAGCUCAAGUUCUUUGAAGCAAUCUAGGAAUAAUAGAGCUGCUGCAUUAAAACAUUAAUUCGAGUGGCUUUUUAUUUUUAUACCUUGUAUAAUUGUUUCCAUUGUUAUAUUACUAGAUAAAAAAUUAUCUCAAUAAGAUAACAAUAAUUUUUUAUUGUCGAGUGUUUGAAUCUGAUUUAGCUGAUGUUUUAAGAAAAUCAGGAAAAAUUAAACUUCCACUGUCUUUUGCAGUCUGUGUAAUUAAGAGUAAUAAAGGCUCUUUCUUUUUCCA